AUGUUUCCCAGCAAUGGCGAGCAUAUGUCAAUGACUCAUUGCGAGGUUAAAGUAGAAGAACCACAAGCAUGUCACAGAAAAGGGAAGGGAAAGAAGGAAAAGAAUUGGAAGAACGAGGAGAGGGAGUUACUUAUUGCCUUGUAUGAGGACAGAGCCUGUUUGUGGGAUGUAGCUUGUGAAGACUGCACAGAUGAUUCUUUAUACCCAUUUUCAUUAAUUCAGCAAAAUGGCAGUUUUGUGGAUUGGUCGCCUGUUGUUAAUGAAGAAGAAGAAUUUGAACUUGAGUCAAGUGACUAUUCUGAGUGGGACCUUGUGACUCAAAGCAAAGAGCAAGGUGCAAGUGCUCAUAAGAAGAAAAGAAGGUCCAAAUAUGCCAUUCAUUUCAACACAGCAGACUUGCACUCCAUCAGACGCUCAGACCCUAAGCUGACCUGGUCUUAUGCUGUAUUUAUUUUAAAAGAUGGCAACACUCUGCCAGCCCUUCAUUUUCACUCUGGGGGCAUAAGUGAAAUGAUCCGUCGACUGCAGAGAUACAUCUGGCUAACAAAAUCACCCUACAACACUAAGUUAUUUGUUGUGGCAGAGGAACACAGUGCAUUAAAGCAGUCGCUUGAUCAACUUAAUUUGUUCUCUGAAGACAAUCCACCUUCUGCUGCUCCUUGGCAAAGAUUCAUUCACAGUGCAUAUUAUGAUGGCAUGGACGCUUUGUCAAAAGUGACGCGGUAUGUUCGAGAUGUGUAUGAAGGCUUACAGCAGGGAACAGAAAAUCCUCAAGGAGACGACCAGCUGGGUAGCAGUCAGAAGAGAGAAGCAGAGUUUGAAGACCUUGGAGAUGUUUCAUGUACUAACCACUCUGCUACAUCAAUACCAAAUAAGCGAGAUCUUGGUGAAUUUCCAGAAGUAGCACGUGGUGAACCCAUGCGACUGAAUGAAUGGCAGUCAUUCUUGGAUGAUGCAGGACGAGUCACUGAUGUCAAGAAGCUACAUGAUAGAAUUUUCCGAGGGGGUGUUGAUGAUUUGAUACGUAAAGCAGUUUGGCAGUAUCUCUUGGGGUACAAGAAGUAUGGCUAUACAUCACAGUCACAGCAAGCCCUCUUCAAAAGAAAAGAAGAUGAAUAUCGAAGCAUGAAGUGGCAGUGGCAGUCCAUGACAAAAACACAAGAAAAGAACUUUUCUGAAUUUAGAGAAAGAAAGCAUCUGAUAGACAAAGAUGUAGCAAGAACCGACCGAUUACAUGUAUUCUAUUCAGAAGCAAACCACUCUAAUGUGAAGAAACUCUAUGACAUACUUUUAACUUACUGCAUGUAUAAUUUUGAUCUUGGCUAUGUGCAAGGCAUGAGUGAUCUUCUUUCUCCAAUAUUGUUUCUCAUGGAGGAUGAAGUUGAGGCUUUUUGGUGUUUUGCUGGUUUCAUGGAAAAAUUGGCUCAUAAUUUUGAUGUGAAUCAAGAAGGAAUGAAAGCACAGCUCCAUCAGCUCAGUGUAUUACUCAAGUUUGUUGAUCCUCAUUUCUACACCUAUCUUGAAAAUCACGACUCUGGUAACCUGUACUUCUGCUUCAGAUGGCUUCUUAUUUGCUUUAAGCGUGAGUUCUCCUUUCCUGAUAUCAUGACAUUAUGGGAGACAUUGUGGUCACAGAGACUGUCCCCAAAUUAUCACUUGAUGGUUUGCUUAGCCAUUUUGGACAGACACCGUCAUGUUAUUAUGGAGAAUGGUUUUGGAUUUACAGAUAUACUUAAGUACAUAAACGAUCUGGCAUACAACAUCGACGUUCAAGAAGUGUUAAUCAGAGCUGAACAGAUCUGUCUUCAACUGCACGCUUAUCCUGAUACGCCCGAGGAAGUGAAAGCCAUACUGACUGGCAAGAACGAGGCUAUGAUGACUCCAAAUGUCGAAAAGCCCGAUCCCCUCCUGAUGGCACACAGCAGACAUGUUGUUAAUUUGCUAGAAGGUUGUGGAUUAAGCAAGAGCAACCCGCCUUUCCAAACUUCUUUUAGCUCUGAAGUAUCCUCUCAAGAAGUAGAUUUGGACAAGGAAGGUACGAGCGGCGACAAUCAGACGGAAAUGAAUGAUUUGGACAAUACUCGUUCUGGUUCACACAGAACUGGUGAUUCAAACGAGAAUCGGAUCAAUGACUCUGAUGAUGAAAUCGUGGUGCUGUCGGAAGAGGCACAGAAUAUAUUUUAGUUACUGAUAAUUCGAAUAGGGCAGUUUUCAAAUGAGUGCCAUCAAACCAAAACUAAAGCGAUCAUUCUCGCCAAUCACAAAGGACACAUAAAAUUCAGUGCAACAAUCAGAACUCGAAGUAAAUGCAUAUGUAGCUAACGCGAAGAGUUGGAAAACAAGUGCGACCGAGUCACGAGUCACGAUUGGUUUUGUUUUUACAUCUGAUUGGAUGAAAAGUGGUAAUUCAAAACCAAAGUAACUACGAAUUACUUUCGACACUCAGGUGAAAACAACUUAAAUUUGUAAGCGGGGAAAUGCAAUGAAUAUUUGUAACAAAUGCAAUUGCUAAGAAGUGCUGAUGAGAAUAUGGUAUGGACAAAGCAUGGACAAGAAGUGCUACUUUGAAAGAAAGCAUAUAUUUAGAGAGCAUGUGCAUAUCGUAGACACAUUUAUACCGCACCAUACAAUAAAAGAAAAGGCAAGCCGUUGCAUGCUCGACGGCAUUACACCCAAACGUCC